AUGAAAUUAAAAAUCGGUGUAAGUUUUAUUUUUCAAAAAAAAAUUUCAUUUUAAAUUCUGAAAAUUUCAGAAUGCCCUAAAUGUAUGCUCAAAAUGCGUCAAAUUUAAAAUUUCAACAUCAAAAAUCCUACUGUAUCUAGACUACGGUAAUCUUCCAAGUUAUCAGAUUAAUCUGUAAGUUUUCAAUUUGUUUUUGAAUUUUUUCUGAAAAUUAUUUUUUUUUCAGAUUUUCUGCUGUUUCCUAUGUAGCCCAAGCUGCAAAAAUGGAAAAAACGGAAUGUUGUGGUACUGUAUCUAAACUACAGUAAUCCUAUUAUUGCUCAGAUUGGAAUCCGAAACAAAUAAAAAAGGUUGUAUCGAUUUUGUUGUGUUUUUGUUCACAAAUAAAUUUUUUUGAAAAAAAAAUCUCGCUGAAAUUCAAAAUUUGCCACGUGGAUUUUUGAAAAUUGAAAUUUUUCAAGUGGAUUUUCAGAUAAAAACUUCAGAAAUCUGAAAAUCCACGUGGCAUCUGAAAUUUAUCUGAAAUUGUGUACAAAAAAUACAAAAUUGCAGCAUUUUUCUUAUCACGUUCACAGUUUUCAGCUGGUUUUUCAUAAUUUUUGAAAAACUAAAAUGCUGAUAGGUUUUCGAAUGUGGUGAACAACCUUAUUCAUGUUGUAAAAAUUGAUUUUCCACCCAGAAACCAGGUGAAAAUUGGCGAAAACCCCGCCAUGCAAAACACAAUUUGCAAACAACACUCCGCUUUUUUGCACUUGCCCCUAUUUUAGUGAGGGCGCGGUUUUUCUUUUAUUUUUCACAUUUUCUCUGUUUUUUUCGCUGUUUUCUCGUUUCAAAGUGGAAAACUAAUGUAUUUUUCGCAGGAGUAUGAUAGAAUAUGGCGACAAUUCGAGUUUUUGCCGAAACAAGUGGUAAAAGGUAAGGUGAAGUGCGAAAUAUCAUAAUAUUAUUGUGUUUUAGGACCUCAAAUUGCUCGUCAACCUCGCAAAUUCGAUUGUGGAGAGGCUGCUUAUGGGAAGCGCGGGAAAAAGGUUUGUCUUUUCAAGUUUUAUCUUAAAAAACAAAACUUUUCAAAUAUUUUAAUUUUAAAAAUACGAAAUUUAGUUGAGAGAACAAUGA